AUGGAUGAACAAGAAGAAGGCAAUGGAAGAGCGUCGAUAGAGGAGGCCACAGAUGUUCUUCAAGUUAACGUCCAGUUGCCAACAGGUGAAACCUUAACCCUUGAAACAAAAGGCUCGUCAAGUGUGCGUGAUUUGAAAAUUAUAGUGGAAGUGAAUAGCGGAGUUCCGUCUGAUUUGUUUACUCUUGUACACAAACGAGCAGACGAGAAUAACGUUACCAAGCUCAGUGAUGAAACUAAGAUGGCGGACAUCAACACUUUCAUAGAUUUAGAAGCUACCAGCGGAUCCGUGACAUUCGAACUAAGUAUUAUUCCGUGGUGGGAACGAUUCGUACACCGAUGUAUGCAACUUGACAACCGCCAGAUUUUGAAACGGAUCUGUAUCAAGAUGAACCAGAUUUCCAGCGAAGAUAGAGCGUUCGUGGCAGCUUUCAUCGCAGCUCAAAAAGGCGAUGGACAGCUGUUCCAGACCUUGUUAGGUGGAGAUGUGAAGGUUGAUGUUCAACGUACUGUCCAAUGUAGUGGUCGCACUCUUUUGCAUGCAGCAGUAGCAGGUGGGAAUUUCUCGUGCGCAGCGGUUAUUUUCAUGAACGGUGGCUGGCCACUAUUGUCUAAACCUGACCAGCAAGGUGUUACGCCGAUGGACUUCGCUAAGAACACCAAACAGAAAGAUCUGGUGGAGCUGCUAGGCCAUUACGUCGAGUUACAGUCUCGGGAAGCUGAGGCAAUUGAGUCGACUGCCGAUGAAACUUCGGAUUUUGACGUUGAUGCUGUCGAGUUACGUGACAAUGAACAAGAUGAAGACAACAUUAGACACGAAAGAGAGAACGAUCUCUCAGAAAGUCCCCCGCAAGAUCUCGUCAUCCAAAACGAGGUGACAGAGAACCCAGGAAAAGGAACUGCUGCCGACACUUUGAACGAAGUUGUAGCCAAACUCGAGAUAGAACGAGUUGAUCAAGAAAGACAACAGGACGAGGAAGUAAGCGAGAGAUCUUCCGUUCACGUACGAACGGGAUCCCAAAGAAGGCUGUUUAGAGAGUCCAAUAUUGAAGGAAAGCUUCAUAAGUCACUGAGAGCAAGCAAAUCAGUUGAUUCCCACGAUGGAUCUUCAGCCGUGAACUGUGUGGUUACUCGAAUAGAUGAAAUACGACCGCUGAGCGGCAAAGCUGUCCCAGGAAUCAGACAGCGCGAAGAAAAGCUUCCAAGGGUUAACACACCAUCUUCAUCACCCAUGAAUUCUCCUCGCACGCGUCGCAAAUUAGUACCAUCAUUUCUGAACCCAGAAAGACCGGGAAGUCCUGUUCUCUACCCCAGGUCUCCAUCAUCUCCUCGACCCAUGUCGCCUCUGGUAUCUCGUUCAAGGUCCUCAACCCUUCCAGCAAUGAGACCUAAUCUGGCUCCUACUUACAAUUCACCUGAUCUCAGGAGAAAAGCCAUGACUCUCAGUGGAGGCGAAAAUAGACGCGAGAGGUAUGUAGCAAAUGGCGAAAAGGAGGAUGUAUGGGAAAGAAAAAUAGGGUAUUCCAGAUUAAGUAUGUUGAUUGAAACCAGAAUGUUUCUCAUAGAUCAAUCCUUACCUUCUAAGUUUGAUCGAUGCUUAAAUACUCGUUUCAGUACCUAUACACUGUCGAGGAGGCAGGUUACGAGAAUUCAGGUAAUUAUCAAGUUGGGGAUAAUGUUUGGAUCGAGUACCACAUUCUUAAGGUUAACCUUCAAAGGAAAGUUAAGGAAAACGAAAAGUUGGUCACUUUGGCGAAUCAUAUUGUGAGAGGGUUCGUCAAAAAAAGUAAUCAAUCAAUCAAACAGUCAAUUAAUCAGUUUGUCAGUCAGUCAGGCAGUCAAUCAACCCAUUAUGUGCGCUAGCAGUCUCGUAGAGAAGUAAAUGGACUCCCGCACGUCUUUAAAAUAAAUUCAGCUGGGUUUGAAUGUGAAAUGAAAAAGACCAAACGGCUUUCGCUGAUUUAGUUAACUUUUUUUUUAAAUUACAGAAAAAUGAGCAAGGAAAUGCAAGACUUUUUAUUUUCACACUACCACGACCGUGAAAGCAAACCUUGGAACGUAUGGAAGACAGUCAGGAAAAGCCAGUUAGACCAGUUUGACGUGUCCGACGAUGAUUCGUCUUCCGAAGAAGAAAACGAGAAGCUCGCGAAGUUUCUUAAAAACUCGAAGUCGGAUCGCCGGAAAACAUUCGAGGUGUGGUUAACCGAUAAAGAAGCACAGCAAAUAAGAAGACAGACAGCAUUGGCCGAAAUGGUAAAACAAGAGACAAUUAGGAAAAGGAAAGAAGCACAGUGGCGACAGGUAACUGGCAAAACACAUCAGGAGUGGCUUGAAGAGCUAAGAAGCGACGACCUGAGAAGCCCAAAACCAACCGAGGGCGAACAAAGCGACGAACGAAAGGCCGAAGCAAUACGGAAAUAUCAGGAAUGGUUACGAGCCAAGGACGAAGAAGCCUUGAAACGCGAGGAUCAAUUAAGGAAAGAGGCAGCUGCCAAGUUUACAGAAUCGCAACAGAAACGAGACGAAAAAUUGCAACGCGCAUGGUUCAAGAAAAAACUGCUUAAUACAUCCUGAACCUCUUACUCUUGUGAGGAUAUAAAGCUGCAGGAGCAGAAAUGACUCCUUUAAGCAAAUUGAGAUCAUACAGAGAACGGUCGGGGUAACGAUUUCAAAUUUUACUCUUAGGCAAUCAUUCUAAUCUUCUCGGCUUUGCGAAUCUAGAAUCCUAAAUUCUCAGUUCUUUUGUACCUUCAAAAUUGACACUGCAUCGUUUUACUGUAAAAAACGAGGCACUGUUCAAAAGCUUUUUGCAGAAAUUUCACUUACAUAUAAAUAUACAGAGGUAAUUCCAAAGCUUUCCUCGCCCGUUAGUCUUAGAAAAUUAAAGGAAACAUGUUCAACACACAUUAGUAUGUACUAAAACAGUGAAUAGGGUCUAAGACGCGCUCUGAUUGGCUACUCAAAUCCCGA